UUACAAAUUUGACAAGUACACUUUUCAGGAGGUUUUCUAAAAUACCAAAAAAGGGGUAUUUUAAUAAAAUGGAAAACCUGGCCGUGGGUCUGGCGGCCUUUUUCCAAAUGAUGGGCUGCUACUUUUUCUUCGCCCAGCCGGAGGAUCGCUGCUCGCAGGCUCCCGACUUGGCCAGCUGGAUCUUUCUGGUGGCCACAAUGUGUUUUCUGUGGGAUACCUCCAUCUAUCCCCGUCGAUUCAUGCACAUGGCCCGCUUUUGGCGGAUUCUCAUCGAGAUCGUGGCUGGCAUUUUCCUGGCCGAGGUGGGCACCAUAAUCAUUUGGUGCGGCCUGGAAAGGUUCCUGUACAGCCUGUCGGAUCUGCUCCUGAAUUUGACGCACAACGGCUGCCAGUCCUCGCCCUAUGGAUAUUGGCUGUCGGGACUUAUUACCAGCUUGGUGGCUUUGGCGGUGUUGUGGUACGUCCUUGAAGCCACCGAUGGCAUGUACUACCUAAUGAAGUUCGCCAGGGAGUUGGGAACCACCACGAAGGACACCUGGGGGAUGCUGAGCUGCUAUAUCAAUAUGAACAAUCGGGAUAGACGUCGGGCAUUGAAGGUGUGCCAAUUGGCCAGAAAAAUGCCCAACCGCCGGUCGUCUUCUCGCAGAUGUUGUCAACCGGAUGGAGAUAGCUGUGACUGACCUGCUUCUAUAUAUUUUUUCUAUUAAAUGUGUUUUG